AUGCUGAAUAUAGACAGGCCUAGCGCGCGUAAACCGGCUUGGCAGAAGCUCGUAGAGCUAUUGAAUCAAGAUACACAGUACGUUUGGUCUAUUGAUAAAGUUAGCAAGAAGUACGCGGAUGAGAGGAUCAGAUGGGGUGUUUACCUAGCCGCCGCCAAGUCGGGGCUAUCUAUCGACCCAGACACUCUGAAGUGUACCGACUCCCCGGAUCGUAUCAACAGCUUUAUCAAUAAACAUGGCGCCAAAUCGAGGUGGCUGGUUACCGAACCAGUUGGUCCUAUUUCUAUUCAGCAAGAGAUCUUCUGGGCCGAAUCAGCUGGGGAAUACAUAGCUGAGCCCGGUGAUGAAGAGGAUGUCCCCGAGGCUAUCCUAAGCGACCAAUCCGACGCUGACAGCCUAUUAACACCAACACUAAGUACUUCAAGUACUUCUAUCAUAACGGGGCGGCGGAAGAGGCAGAGGCUGGAUCCGGACAUCAACACCACGAUAUCUGACGAAUCGGAUGACGAUAAUGAGGCGCGACAGCGCCAUAAGCAUGUGAAGGACCUACAGCGAGAGUUUAGUAGGAAGCGGGAUCGUAAGAAGCAGUUAACUGACCUCGGUAGUAGUAUUGAACGAGCCUCGCGUGCGAUUAGUCGCCCUAUUGGUGCUACUGAUAUAGCUGCCGCGAUGAAGCUACUUCAGAGUGACGGCUUCGUGAAGGAUCUUAACUGGCGGCUACGGAUGAAGGCGUACGACGAGAUCGGGAGCAACACUACGAAUAGCGUCCUCUAUUGCCAGCUUAGCGAUCCCCACGAACGUAGGCUAUGGCUAUUGACGAGAAUCGGUGCGAAGAUUGAUGAAGAGGAAGUUGAAGGCGACGGCGUUGGAGCAGAAGGCGUCAACAGGGGUAGGGCUAGGGCUAGUAGGAACGAUUUGAUUGAAUAG